AUGAGAGAUGUUACCGGGUACCUCAAACAGCAGCAGAGCAACAGCUCGACGCCGGAGAUGGCAACUGAGUGGCACAAACUGGAGGAUUUGCACAACAAAAGGUUGUGGCAUCAAUUGACACUGAGACUGACCGAUUUCGUCAAAGACCCUUGUUUCAAAAACGGAGAUGGGCUAAUACAGUUAUAUGAAAAUUUCCUCAGUGACUUCGAACACAGAAUCAAUCCAUUGUCCCUUGUGGAGAUCAUUCUCUAUGUUGCCAGACAGAUGACAGAUCCCAAAGACGCAAUCACUUUUCUUGAGAAGACCAAGGAAAAAGUGAAAAGCAGUGAUGAAGCGGUCAUUCUCUGCAAAACGUCCAUUGGCAGUCUCAAGCUUGAAAUCAACGAUCUUCCAGCAACAAAGAAACUAAUCGAGGAGGUUGAGGAAAUGUUGAAUAAUUUGCCAGGUGUCACAUCAGUGCACGGCAGGUUUUACGAUCUCUCAAGCAAAUAUUAUCGCAUCAUUGGGAACCACGCCUCAUAUUACAAGGAUGCCUUGAGAUACCUCGGUUGUGUGGACAUCAAAGACCUUCCAGAGACGGAGAAGCAGGAAAGAGCCUUCACUUUGGGAUUGGCUGGUCUGUUAGGAGAAGGUGUUUACAACUUUGGCGAACUGCUGAUGCACCCUGUGCUGGAGUCCCUGAGGAACACAGACAAACAGUGGCUCAUUGACACGCUGUAUGCAUUCAAUGGAGGCAAUGUAGAAAAGUUCCAGGAAUUCAAGUCUGCAUGGGGCCAACAGCCUGACCUUGCAGCACAUGAAGCCAAACUGAUGCAGAAAAUCCAACUCCUCUGUGUGAUGGAGAUGACUUUCACGCGUCCGGCAAACAACCGGCAGCUGACCUUCACUGAAAUUGCUCAGAGUGCCAAAAUUCCUGUUAAUGAGGUGGAACUUCUUGUCAUGAAGGCUCUGUCCGUUGGACUCAUUAAAGGCAACAUUGAUGAGGUGGACAAGAAGGUGCAAAUGACUUGGGUGCAGCCUAGAGUGUUGGACCUACAGCAGAUCAAAGGUAUGAAGGAACGCUUGGACUUCUGGUGCGGAGAUGUUAAGAACAUGGCCAUGCUCGUGGAACAACAAGCCCAUGACAUCCUCACCUAA